ACCAACGAAUAUAAAAGGACAUGGAGGCUUCAGUUUGUCGUAUUAAGACCACUGACUUCCUGGAACGUUUUGAAAAUGGCUUAUAAAAUGUAUCUGGUGCUUUUGGUUAUGGCUAGUAUUCUAUUCAACUCAUGUACUGGACUUGGUGAUAAUCAGGUCGCAAAGGGGCAAGAGAGGAUGAAGCGRAAUAUUUACCAAUUUGGUAAAAUGAUUCAAUGCGAGACAAAAAGAUGGCCRACAGACUACCUUGGUUAUGGCUGUUGGUGUGGUCUUGGUGGUAAAGGAACUCCUGUGGAUGAAACAGAUCAAUGCUGCAAGGAACAUGAUUUAUGCUAUAAAAAAGCUCAUCGUACUGACUGCUUCAUUGGUCAAGCUUACACCGUGGUAUACAAUAGGAAGGGAUGUUCUGGCUGCGAUGAGAAGAAGAACAAGAAAUAUGAACAGACAGUGUGUGAGUGUGACAGCGUGGCAGUCAAGUGCUUCAAGAAGGCAAAGUUUAACGAUAAAUAUAAACGUUACUCUCAAACCAAAUGUCACUGAAUUGAAAUAUGAAUAAAGAAUAAUUUGUUUAAA